UCGACGUCUCCGCUGAAGCGCUGCCACGGACUUCUUGUUUGGCUGGAGCUAUUGAGAGCAUUUUAAUUCUGAUCAACUCUCGGAGGAAAUAACGCCCCAAGGCACAGCUGUAGGAACGGAUAUUCUCGAUAAGAGCGUGGGACGAAGUCAUGGGCAACACCGACAGGAGAGGGCCGGAGAUAUCAGACGGAUGGCAGGGCACGAGUGAGGACGGUUCCAACGUCGACACGUCCAGCGGGGGCCCCCUGAAGGUGGCCGUCAUUGGCGCAGGCGUCGCGGGCCUAGGCGCUGCGUGGCAUCUUUCCAGCUCUCCCAACAUCAGGGUCACCGUGCUGGAGGCCGAAGACAGGGCCGGGGGGCACGCCCAAACGCUGGACCUCAACCUCGAUGAGAAAAUCGUUCCCGUCGACACCGGGUUUAUGGUGUUCAACGAGCAGAACUACCCGAACAUGGUCCGCCUCUUCGAGGAGCUCGGCGUUGGGUCGGAAAAGACAGACAUGUCCUUCAGCGUCAGCUUGGACGACGGGGACGUGGAAUGGGGCAGCGAGGGACUGUCCUCCCUCUUCGCCCGCAAGAGAAACGUUCUGUCGCCGGGUUUCUACGGCAUGCUGCGGGAGAUGGCCCGGUUCAACCAAGAGGCGCCGCGCCUGCUGGAGCUCGACGACGAAGACCCUCGCAAGGCCGUGUAA